UUCACAAGCAAUUCGACAAUGAUGGCGCCCGCUACCGAGAGUAACCGUCAGUCUAGCUUCCGCAACCGCAGUAGGAUCACUCGCAGCACCUCGUACACGGAUGGAAACAUGAAUGAUGGGAAGUACACCAGCAUACCCUUGUUCGACUUUUCCGAUGAACAGCUCAAGGCAUCUCCAUAUCCCGAAAAAAUCUCUAUUGCUGAGUCCGAGAAGGAAGACCCGCUGUAUGCAAAUUAUAAGUCUAUAUUCCAUCAGAACGCGCGAGAUGGGGACGUGAAAGCGAUCGAGGAGUUGCUGAACAAGUGCCCGAAGCUUGUCGACGCAUACGACUGUGAUGGAAUGACUUCCCUCCAUUAUGCAUCCAAAUAUGGGCACCCAAAAGUCGUGGAACUGUUGUUGAAACGAGGAGCAAACGUCAACGUUACAGCCGAUGAAUUCAGGGGUUUUGGGUAUGCACCUCUGCAUAUGGUGGCCAAGUACGGUCGCUUAGCACGAAAGCCGAACAGCAAGAGAAAAGAUAGAAAAGUGUCAAGAGUACUUGAUUCGUCUGUGCGACAAUACCAUUCUUUGCCAGAAUCAGAUGAUAUUCCCGACGACAUCGACUCCUCUACUGCCAUCAUCAAUCUUCUGGUAAAAUAUGGAGCAGACGUCGACAUCACUGACACAUCUGAGUUGACCCCAAUGCAUCAUGCUGCUCAAAAGAAUAACGAAAUGGGAGCACGUGCGCUCAUUAAGAAUAAUGCUGAAAUCAACAAGACAGAUAAGAAUGGCGUCUCUCCGCUGAUGUUAGCUUGCAUCCACGGUUCUGCUGCGCUCGUUCAUCUACUGCUCUCUGGAGGAGCAGAUUGCACACGUAUGGAUAAUCGCGACAAUACCGUAUAUCAUGCGGCGGCAUUCAGCGGCAAGAACGACACUCUCCAGCUCUUGAUCCGCUUUGGAGAAGACCUUCAAGGAAUGUUGUAUAGAGCAAAUAAGGACGGUAAGACUCCGCUUCUCUUGGCCGUGGAUCGAAACCAUUCAAGUACUGUGGCCAUCAUCCUUCCUCUGAUGCCUAAAGAUCGCCCAGAUAUAGACGAAAUUCACAAGUGGAUGUUGCACACUGCCGCCAGUAAAGGUUAUCGCGAUGUAUGCAAAACGCUGAUUGAGAACGGAUACGACCCCCGUUUGCGCGAUGAUGAAAUGAAGCUUCCACUUCACCAUGCUGCGAAAGAAAACAGUGCUGAUGUUGUGCGGUAUCUGCUUGAACUCGCUCCUGACACUAUCGAUGAGAGCGAUCAAUAUGGCUUCACACCGUUCCUGCAAGCCGUAGCAAUGAAUGCGCUUGAGGCAGUCAAGGUGCUCGUUGAACGUGGCGCCAACAUAUUCCUUAUCGACUGCGACGGACGAACAGCCAUCAUGAUCGGCUCGAAGUAUAAUGCUGUUAAGGUGCUGCUGUAUCUUAUCGAUAUUUAUAAAAGGCAAGAGGCUGAUGAAGGGGAUUCCUGUCCGAGUAUGAUAGAUCAAGUCGAUCACGAGCAAAUGUCUCCAAUGCACUAUGUAUGUAACAAUGGUUACAUGGAAGUGGUCACUCUCUUGCACGACAGUGGCGCCAGUAUUGACGUCUUGAAUGAAGACGAAGCUACCCCUCUCCAUCUCGCAGCAAAUACGGGGCAGACAGCAUGCGUGCGACAACUUCUGGAAUGGGAUAAGAAAUUGGUGUUGUAUAGAGACGAAAAUGCAUGGACUGCAUUGCACUUUGCAGCUUCGAACGGACACGAUGUGACGGCGAAGGUGCUCAUUGACGCGGGUUCGGACGUGAAUGCGCGGAAUUCACAAGGGAAAACACCUUUGGAUCUAGCCGUUGAAGGAGAUCAUUACGAUACUGUGAACGUUCUUUUGGAAAAGGGAGCCGUUAUCGAAAGCGCAAAUGAUGACAGAUGUACCACACCUCUGCAUGUAGCUGCUGAAAAGGGUUACGACCGAAUUGUUGAAAGGCUUCUGUGGGAAGCUAGUCCAGUCAAGAAAAACGAAAAUGGCGAAACAGCCCUGGAUUUGGCAAUUUCUAACGGACACGAGUCGGUUGCACGUGUGCUUGUCGACUCAAGCUAUUGGGAAGAUGUAAUGGCACCUACGGAUACAAAGCAGAUGUCUCGUCACAGCGAAACAAGGACGACACCGAUGAGGCAACUAAUUGAUAAGUUUCCGAAAGUCGCAGAAGUAGUUUUUGAUAAAUGCAUAGAACUGCAAGAACAGCCCACAUCACCAUUGAAAUUUAAAUGCUACUAUUUCAAGUACCUCGACGACACAUACAUGAUGCCUUCAAAAGAUGGAACAGAGCUUACUGCUGAGAUUGAUCCCUACGACGAAGAUGGAAGACUGAAAAGAGAAGCCAAAGCUUACUCAGAUGACUACGAUGUUGUCUACAAGUACCACCCUUUGAAGAUGAUGGCAAAUGCAGAAAAACUGAAACUUCUUUCUCAUCCGCUAGUGAUUGCACUUAUUAAACACAAGUGGAACAGUCUCGGGAGAUACGUCUACUACUUGGCUUUGAUGGUUUACAUCGUUUUCAUGGCUCUUUUUACUCUCUUCAUCACUUAUACUCCUGCCCCUUUCAAUGUGUACGACGCAGAUAAGGAUGCAAUGGUCGAUUUCAGCGCUUACCUUUAUGCGAGAAAUGCUACAUGCGAGGAAGUUAGAGUGGUACGGAAGAAUUGGCUGAUAGACAUCAAGUGGGCAGUGAUCGGUUUAGCCGUCGCUCAGCUAGUCAAGGAGUUGUUCCAGCUGGUCACUCGACGUCUCAGAUAUCUCUCUUUGGACAACGCCAUCGAGUGUUUCGUAUACUCGUCAGCGAUUAUUGUAGUGUCAGAUAUAUCGCCAUGCUCUGAAAAAACUGGACUGAGGAUGAAUUGGCAAUGGUAUCUUGCGGCCGUCUGCGCAUUUUUAUGUUGGAUGAAUUUGCUGCUGCUCAUUCGUAAACUGCCAAGAUUUGGGAUUUACGUUGUAAUGUUCUUCGAUAUCCUUCGGACAUUUUCACGCUUCUUCAUCAUCUUCGUCCUUUUUGUCGUUGCCUUCAGCAUUGCAUUUUUCGUUAUCAUGCAAAAUAGGCCUGAAUUCUCAACCGUACCUUCGGCUGUGCUAAAGACUGCCGUAAUGAUGAUUGGUGAAUUGGAAUUUACCGCAAUUUUUCACGGCGAUAUGCAUGUGCAUCCGGAACGAUUAUUUGGCCCCGAACUCGCUUAUCCGCUGUUCCUUUUCUUCUGCGUCAUCAUGACUAUUCUUUUGAUGAACUUGCUGGUUGGUUUGGCUGUAGACGACAUUAAGGGUGUGCAGGACAAAGCUGAAUUGAAACGAUUGAGUAUGCAGGUGGAUCUCGUAUUACAAGUGGAAGCAUCGAUGCCAUAUAUCCGCAAGUUGACAACGCGCUCGCACUAUUCUACUCAAUUAGGCCUUGUCAGCUGGUGGAAAAAAUUACGCACUCGAUUUGGUUUCAACUACACCGAAAAGGAAGAGGACCUUGACACUAUAGACAAAAACGAUUUCGCUUACGAUAUUCAGUUAUCACUUGAAUCCAUGUUCAAGCAGCUUCAUCAACUACAGGAAAAUAUUGACAACCUUUAUGAACGCCAAGUUCGAACCGAGGCUAUGGUCCGCAAAGUACUUGAACAUAACAAAAUAGACUAUGAGGAAGUCGACUCAGAUAAGCCGACUCGAUGAGUAAUUGUUUCGGAAAUCCUGUGGAGCUUUAUAAUCAUUUCAGUUAUUGUGUACUCAUUUUGAUGCAUGGCCCCUCAAUUGAGUUAUUAUCUUGGUUCAUCUGUAAAGUAAAAACGAUUUUCGCAACAGUGUGUGUGCCAUGACCAACAUCGAAAGUUGCACCUAUUUGUAAAUGUCUUGAAAAUGUCUUGCACGAUAGAAACCAAAUUCCAUGCGCUCAUGAGAUUUGGUCACAUCUAUCGAAUCGCCUUGAAGUUACGCAAAAAAUGCGAUCGGAACCAACCAUUGAAAUUUGUUUGCCUUUGUAAGUAACCUUCGGAUGAUUGAUGAUCAUUUUGAAACUGAGCUUUUUACGCUAAGCAGAUCCUUGUUCUAGAUGAUUAGCGUAAUUGCGUCUUAAAAAGCGAGCCUUCUUUGCCCUUGAUUUGUGGCUGUGUAAUACUGUUUUCCGUAACUUCGUC